AUGGUCAAAAAUUUGAACACUCAUCAAUUUUUCAAAGCUCUGUCGCUCACUAUAGAGGUUGUAUUGAUGCUUGUCAUGGUAACUCUGUUCUGUUGUGCCUACUCAGACCAUUACCGAACGUCACUGUGGGAGGCUGGCGGAGAAAAAGGUUGGAAUUCUAACCCAAGGUUACGGAUAUAUUAUUACGCAAAUCAUCGUGAGCCCCCUGAAAUACCUCUUAUAUGGAAUCAAAGUCUGACGACUUCGAACUUGAGCAUAGCCCUUGUGACAGCUGGCGUCUGCCUUACCAGACUUGUUCUUAUAUUCUUCGAGUUGUAUUGGGUAAUCAUCGAGACCUUCUACGAUAUGCUUCUUACGGCGCUCUGGUGCUAUAGUGUCUCCGCCCAGUCAUCUGCUGACCUGACCGAUUCGAAACACCCAAGCUACUACCCUUGGUACCUACAACGUCGAUGUUGCGAGGUCAACAAGCAGUAUUUUCAGGCAUGUACUAUCGCCAGGGUGUCGUUUUGGCUUUCAGUUGUCCUGAUGAUAUUCUAUGCAAGUCGAUUUGCGGUUGCCAUUUUCCGUCUGGCGUACUGGUGUGGUGAGCACAGACUAGCCGAUAUCUGUGUUGAGAAACUCCAUGAUUGCGUUCUACGGUAUCUACCGCCUUCCAUGUGUCAUGUUGCCGUAAAGUUUGCACUUGUAGUGCCUGGAAUGAAUGGCGAGGAUUUCCUAAGCAGACCUGACCAUGGCGAUGUACGGAUCCCCCUUCUGGAGCCUUCCAAAGAGAAAAGACAGCCCCCGGAAUAUGAAGUUGCUCAAGACGCCAAGAUAACAAAUAAUUUCACGGCAUGCUCGACUGAUGGUGGGCACAUUGAAAGCCAUGGUGGAAGGAGUUCAGACUCAGGGGCAAUUUAG